AUGAGCAACCGCACAGUGCAAGUUCCGGAUAAGCUUUCUUCCCCUCUUUGGCGCCUUCCCGACUUCGCCUGGACGAACGACAACUUUGCACUCCUUUACAAGCCUCAAAGACCUACGAGAAUCCUACCCGCGGGCCAAUUGUUGCUUCUAGAUGAUACAUUUCCAGCCCUGCAGCUGCUAAGCUCCGCGGCGCUGGUGAACAGGUCAAACGAAAACAAAUACGCGAACCAUGCAGAGACGUCAUUGGCAAUCUUGUCAUCCGAGAUUAGUUUCGGUACUUGCUCACUUGCCGCCUUCUCGUCUGCAUCAGGCUCAUGCCUGCCCAAGCCCAGGCAAAGCGUCGUUCCGCACCCCAACCGGAAGAGAAGCCUGCUAAACGAACACGAGUCUCAAGAGCAUGUGACCAAUGUCGUGUCGCCCGUGAGAAGUGCGAUGGAGUACAACCAACCUGCUCGACCUGCUCAGGGACGUCAAGAGAAUGCUCGUACACAGCCAACCCCAAAAAAAGAGGGAUUCAGCCUGGUUACAUUCGCACCCUUGAGUUAG